UGCGACUGUUGCUGAGUCAAGCUACGGAAUACUGAACAAGUCCGGAGAAGAAGCAAAAAGCGCUGAAAUCGGUCCUCGUUGCCAUGUUGCGUGCCCGACUACGGCGUCAGUUCAGGGUCCUGUUCUUCUGACAUGCGGUUCGGCAUGAAGGUAGUUCGUGGCCAUGGCUCAAAUGGGUCCGGUGAGAUCGAUCUCAAGCGCCCCAUUAUCCGUCAUCUGAGAUGGCCCCGUCCCGUUGCAAAGGAGAAAAGAAGAAAAGGAUGCGAAAGUUGCCCCAUUGGACGGUGGGCACGGGUAGAGAUGGGUCGCGAGGCUCUGUGGCUCUCUUCUUGGGUCGAGGUCAUAAAGCUAAAGAAACAGAGCAUUUUCCUCAGUGACGGCUUCGUCUGUGCAGCUCUAACCAUUUUCUCGACCUUGGUCGUGUUGGCCGACAUUUGGGACAGGCAGCCAUCCAUCCAUUCAUCAUAACGGUCGUUCGGAAAUGCGCCAUUGUUUCCGACAGCGAAGCGGUGACUCGGCCAAAGUCCGAUGUUUCUGAGUGUCGUAGGAAAAGUGUGUUUUGGGGCCGUUUCGCUUGACUCGUCAUCUCU